AUGAGGCCAAAUCAGCCGACCCUCAGCGAGCCGAAACUCAUCUCGAAACCCAUUCGAAGGAAUGGCACGAGCCCGGCGAAGAAGUCGCCGCCGCCGCCGGCGCUGCCCCCUCGCCCAACAACGCCGCAGCGGCGCGAGGUGAAGAAUGCGCCGAAUGCGGAGCUCAACGGGCGAAACACCGUGAUGGACGACGCCCAUGAGACCUCAGAGGCCUUCCGUUCACGUGUGACGGAGAUCACACGCUUCAAGGUCUUCUCCCGCGUGCGCCCCUUCAUCGCGGAGGAGCUGGCCGAGAUGGGGAGCCAGGAGCGCCGCUCGGUGGUGGAGAUGACGGACAACAAGACGGUGAUUCUGGACCCAAAGGAUGGAUGGGCGCCCAAGGCCCAGUUUGAGUUUGACGCCAGCCUGUGGUCAAUCCCGCCGGAGCACCGCAUCGUCCACACCUUUCACGACACGAAGCGCAGCAGCUACGCGACGCAGAAGGACGUUUAUGAACUCAUCGGAAAGGGCCUCGUUCCGCACGUCUUUGACGGAUUCAACAGCUGCAUUCUGACGUAUGGGCAGACCGGCAGCGGCAAGACGUACACCAUGAUGGGCAUCUACGACCCCAGCGCCUCGUGUGGUGGGGACGGGGAGGAGGGCAUCAUCCCACGCGUCUCAAAUGACUUAUUUUUGAUUCUCGCCGGUAAACAAGCGGAGGAGGCGAGAAAAACAGAUACGAACGAGCGUGUGCGAUUCCGCGUCGAGGUGAGUUUUGUGGAAAUUUACAUGGAGCGUGUACGAGACCUGCUGGACCCCGCGCUGAAGAACUCGAAGGGCAAUGAGAAGCUGCAGGACGCCCGCAUUCGUCAGGACCCAUACAGUGGCCCCUUCGUGGAGGGGGUGACGAAGUACCAAAUAGAAAACUGGGCGCAGUGCUGCCUCCUGCUGGAGCGUGGCUCCAUGCACCGAACGACGUGUGCCACGGCGGUGCACAAUCAGUCCAGCCGCAGUCACGCCAUCUUUCAGCUGACGGUCAUUCAGGAGCGGACACUGCCGGCGAAGGACCGCUACUCACGGCCCGCGGUGCGCUACCAGGCGGGCCGCAUCAACCUGGUCGACCUUGCAGGGUCCGAGCGCGGUGGGUUUCAGGAAUACGUGAAGGAGUCGGCGGCGAUUAACACGUCGCUGCUUGCGCUCCGUCGCGUGAUUGACAACCUGACGGAGCGGCAGAAUAUGCUCAUGGAACAGGCCAAGGCAGAAAUUACCGGGGCGUACUACCAGGAGCGCACCCUGCCGCAGGUCCCCUUCCGUGAUAGCGUGCUGACUUGGCUGCUCAGCGACAGCAUCGGGGGCAACGCCCGCACCACGAUGGUGGCGACCAUCAGCCCGCUCGUGAAGAACUACGGCGACACGCUCGCGACGCUGCAGUGGAGCAGCAAAGCCCGCAAUCUCGUGACGCUGGUGAAGGUGAAUGACGCCCAGACGACGGUGGCGGACGGCAUGGCGAACAAGGCGGGGGAGUUGCACGACGCAGUGCGCAUUCAACGACAGAACAUGGACUCGCUGCGGGAGUCGCUGCGGCAGAAGCAGGAGCUUGCCGAGCGACUAGAGAGGGAGUCUCGAGCCAUGGCGCGUCAGACGGCGAAAAACAAGGAGGUGUUGAGCGGCCUAAAGCAGAGGUUCAGCGCCAUCACUGUGCUGCGUGCCCUGCAACGUGCCGUGUGGCAGAAGAAGAUGAAGCUGCUGAAGGCGCAGCAUGAAAAGCUUGCUAGCCAGCUCCAGGCGAGACAGAAGGAAUUGGAAAAUGUCUGCGUUAAACAGUCCACGCUGAAGGAGGAGCGGGAAAAGCUGCAGCACAAGCUAGAGGCGGAGCGGAAACGCGAGGAGAAACUGCGUGUGAUGAUCGCAGAAAGGGAGAGCAAAAGCGAGAACGAGGCGGAGCUGUUCGCUGUGUUGGAGGCGCAGUACACGGCCGCGCUGGAGGAGGUGCGGGCAGCGGAGUCUGCCGAGCGCGGGGCCGCGGAUGCGCAUCCGAAGGAGCUAACCCUACAGGACCGCGUUGACGCCGCCCGCCGCGGCCUGGAGGCGACCAACAAGAAGGCGGACAUGAUGGAGGCGGGGGUCAAUGAGAGCAAGCAGCCGGGCUGGAGCGCGAGGGUGGCGCAGGACGAAAAGGACGCCGUGGAGCUGCAGCGGGAACGCGACGAACUGCGGCGCAAAUUAGACGAGCUGCGACUGCGACAGGAGGAACUGCGGGCGACGUUGCGGAAGCGGGGGAAAAAGUGA